AUUUAUAGUGGCAUAAUACUAUGUCUCUCCUAUCUAUUUUACGAUUGCCUAGAGUUAGGAAAAGUAUUAUUCCAAUACAGUACGCAAUAAAUGUGAAAAAUUAUGCAGCAGAAGACAAGAAAAAAAGAGCUUUUACGAAAGGAGUUAUAAAUAUACAAGUUGAAACAGAUGUAAAUAAGUUAUUAACUUAUGUAUGCGGAUCAAAUAUUUAUAAACAAGGAGAAGAUAUAAAAUUAAAGCCUGAUUCUGAAUAUCCUGAAUGGUUGUGGAACAUCAGGCUUGAACCACCAAAAUUAUCAGACUUAGAUCCAAAUACAAAGCAAUAUUGGAGAUAUGUUCGCAGACAAGCAUUAAUAAGAAAUAAUCAAAUGAUCAAAUAUAAAUAUUAAAUUUAAAAA